UACAACAAUAGAUAGCAGCCCCCGCCUUUCUCCCCCACACUGCGAAAAGCCCCCGACUCGGAACUCCUGUCUGGUUAGCGAAUUCGCGAGGCAAUUACCGACUUAUCGUUAAAGUCACGGUUGAUAGAUAAAGCGUCGUCUGUCUUCUUUGUCACGGUCGACGAGUCCUUCAAGUUCUGACCACCAUGGGUAACUUCUACGACGAAAUCCCCGAGAACACAAUCGAAUGGAUUAAGAAACAGCAGAUGUUCUGGGUUGCAUCAGCUCCCCUCACCGGGAGCGGCCAUGUAAACGUCUCACCAAAGGCUACACCAAAUUGUUUUCAUAUCAUCAACCCACGCAAAGUGUACUAUGAAGAUCUCACCGGGAGUGGUAUCGAGACUAUCUCCCACCUGCGCGAACCAGGAAACGGAAGAAUUACGAUACUCUUCCAUGCCUUUGAGGGUCCACCGAGACUGGUGAGACUGUUUGGCACAGGAACUUUCCACGAAUUUGGUACCCCGGAGUUCGAUGAGUACGUUCCACUCGAGGGUCGAAAGCCUGGUAACCGCGCUGUCAUCGUCAUUGACAUAUAUAAAGUUGGAACAUCAUGUGGUUACGGCAUCCCGUUGUACAACUUCCAAUCACAUCGUGUUCAGCUAUAUCGGUGGAACGACUCCAUGGAAAUCUUUGACAGAGAAAACGAUGCAGAGAGCAAAUCCGAGCUCAACAAAAAGGGCAUCAAAGCUUGGUGGACAGUGGAGAACUUGAGAAGCUUAGAUGGCCUACCAGGGCUGCGUCAUGCACAUGUUGCACAACGAACACCAACGACGUUUUUCGACCGAAAUGCUAAGGAAAACAAGACACCCGUACCAAAGUUGGGAAGAAGUAAUAAGAAACGGGAGCUUGGUUUCGAUGCGCUUCCUGUGAAGCUGGCUGCAGCGUUUGCGUUGGGGGUUGUUGUCACCACCGUUUAUGGGAGGGUGGUUCAGACGAUGGCCUGAGGGGAGGUAUCCUUCGUGAGUUUGUUGAGAAUGUAUGUAUGAUUUGAUGAACUUUGUAUUAUUGUAUUCUACACUGGAAUUAUCAUUAUCUUUGUAUGUC